AACACCACCACCAUACCCAGCAAGAGCUUCCCCCUUUUCCCUUAUUUUUUUGUCCUUGCCAUGGAUGCUUUCACGCCCUCCUGAGCUCUCUCCCACCCCCGAUAUAUUACGUGCAUUGCCGACAGCACUGCUGUUCCUUGGUUGACGCACACUCUCUUUGCUCUCUGGUCUAGUGCUCCAUUCGUGCAGGCUGCAAGAUGAGCACUCGUGGGGCUGCAGAGAGCAGCAGAAGCAGAAGCCAUAUCAACAACAGCAGCACAGAUCUGAUCAAUGAUGAAUUGUCCAAUGAACUAUGGAAGUUAUGUGCAGGCCGACUGUUCUACGUGCCUAAAGUCGGGGAAAAAGUUUUCUACUUCCCUCAGGGGCAUAUUGAGCAGGUUCAAGCUUAUACAAAUCAGGUCGGCAAAAUGGAAAUGCCGAGAUACAAUGUGCCCUCGAUGAUACUCUGUGAAGUCAUGCAUGUUCUGCUCGAGGUUGAAGCCAACACAGAUGAGGUCUUUGCUCAAAUAACAUUAGUUCCUGCGCGAACGGAUGAGCCGAUUUGGAUUGAUGGAAACAACCCGCCUGGGCGUCCAAGGUUCCGAGGAAGCUUCUUUAGCAAGACUUUGACUCCAUCAGACACAAGUACUCAUGGAGGCUUCUCCAUCCCCAAGCGCCACGCUGAUGAGUGCUUCCCUACCUUGGAUAUGUCUAUGGAAAUUCCGGCGCAAUCGCUGGUCAUGAAGGACUUGCAAGGGUGCAGAUGGCAUUUUCGUCAGAUAUAUCGCGGUCAGCCCAGAAGGCACUUGCUUACUACCGGUUGGAGUGCAUUCGUGACAGCAAAGAAGCUCGUCCCCGGGGACACAUGCAUCUUCAUUAGGGGAGAGAACGGGGAACUUCGAGUCAGUGUCCGCCGCUCGAAGAGUCAAAAAAUCAUAUCAACUUCUGUAAUCUCAGGGGACAAUAUGCACCAUGGAGUACUUGGCAGUGCCUUUCACGCGAUUUCCGCCAGAUCGAUAUUUACCGUCUACUGUCGUCCAUGGACAAGUUCCAUGCCGUUCAUUAUUCCUGUUAGUCAAUACAUGAAGUCACUCGAAAAUGAGAUUUCAGUUGGCUUGAGGUUCCGGAUGCUGUUUGAGAGUGAAGAGUGCGUAGAACAGAGAUUCACGGGUACUGUGGUUGGAGUCGAAGAUUUAGAUCACAUCAGGUGGCCUGGUUCGAAAUGGCGGUGUCUCAAGGUUCAAUGGGAUUCCCGAUCGGAUAUAACUAAGCAUCCUGAAAGAGUCUCUCCCUGGAGCAUUGAGCUUAUCGAACCUGCCAAGAGAAAACAAGAUUCAGAAGUUCUACCUGCUGAGAAGAGGGCUCGCCCGCCUGAUGCAUCAUUGCCCGGGACUUCUAAUUCUGUCAAGAAUGGGCUUUGGUGGUUCUUGGAUGGGCACCAACCCAAGCAGACAGGGGUCUUACAAGGUCAAGAAGCAAAAGGAAAAGCUGUUAUAGAGCCGAUACUGCAAAAUUCGGUCUAUAAGCUGGGUUCUGAUGGAACCCUCCCGAUAUCAGAAUCGAGGAAACAAGUUAGCUACUCAAUGCAUGAGAUGUUUCAAGUACUGAAUCCUUAUAACGGGAAAUAUGUUAACCAUGGAACCACUGGGAAGCCAAGUUGCAACAAGCUGAGGACAUUCAGGCUUUUUGGCAUCGACCUGUUCGAGUAUAACCCAGUGGAGCUCCCUUCACUACAACUUGCCAAUUCUAAUGGAACUCCAAGCCCUUCAUCUUCUUUGGUCCACCCAGGAUCUCUGUCCAGCGUUUCCGAUCUUCCCCCAAAGUCUAAGAGCUGCAUAAAGGUGUUCAAGCGUGGAACUAGUCCUGGAAGGUCAGUCGAUCUCACAAGAAUGAAUGGGUACAAUGAGCUGGUCCGAGAGCUGGACGGGCUGUUUGGUUUCAAAGGAAGUUUAAUCGAUGGAAACAGCGGGUGGCAUGUGACUUACACAGACAAUGAAGGGGACGUGAUGCUGAUCGGAGAUGACCCAUGGCAUGAGUUUGUGGCCUUGGUACAGAGGUUGCUGAUCUGCCCUAAUGAAGAGCCCCUGAGGACUGCAUCCGGGCCGCCGUGACUUAACUGCUGCAUUACUCAUAGUUUUGCCGCUAGUAUUGUCCCGCAUAAUUAUCUGGAGACAAACUCAUUGUCUUUCCUGUGUGGAUGUGUACGUCUAUGUGUCCGUCCGUGUCUGUAUGCGCUGAGACUUUUGUAAUCGAACUUCAUUAUGGAGUUGUCGAAGUACGUCUUAUGUACGACUUCUAUGUCUUACUAGUGGCAAUGCCCGCUCGAUGCGCGGGUUUUAGUAACUUAUUAAUGAGAAUAUGAGUCUUAUAUA